CCUUAUUUCCGAUCAGGUGUCUCUACGAGUUCACGACUUACCCUUUGGUUCCACAAUUCUGCUUCCCAAACGCAUGCCGGUCGCUCCAGCCCAAAGGAGCAAAGAGACGGAGUUUUCUCUCGUCCGCGAUGAAUCGCAACUUCGCGGUGUGUAUAAGAAGUGUCAAGGGAAGGCUGAGGAGUGUGAGUACAUCAUCGUGACCCCUACAAUUCCCAAGACGACAGCCGUCCACACCUUGCUCCUUUUCUGUGCAAUUGUAUCCUCCCUAACAUCUACACCAUUCCAUUCCAUACCACACCAAAUCGCUCAAGCAAAAGAAAAAGAGGCAAAAUGCCCGACCAAACCAAAUACACCACCAAGCUCGCCAACGCGCGCAUCCUCAUCAUCGGCGGCUCCUCAGGCAUCGGCUACGGCCUCGCAGAAGCAAGCAUCGAGCACAACGCCCUCGUCACAAUCGCCUCCUCCUCCCCCUCGCGCGUGGCAGCCGCCGUGUCCAAACUCCGCGCCGCAUACCCCUCCAAGGCCUCCAACAUCCACGGCCUCACCGCCGACCUCUCCAACCCGCAAACCCUAGAAUCCGCCCUCGACACCCUCUUCGCAGACACAGCGGCGCACUACCCCGGCGCGCAAAUCGACCACGUCGUCUUCACAGCCGGCGACGCGCUGCGCACCAUGCCCCUCGCCGGCAUGAGCAUGGCCAACGUGCUCGCCGCCGGGCAGCUCCGCUUCUUCGCCCCGCUGCUGGCGGCCAAGUGCGUUGCGCGCUACCUGCCCGCCAGCCCGCGCAGCAGCUACACCAUCACGACCGGCGGCAUCAGCGAGCGGCCGGUGCGCGAGUGGAGCGUCGUGGCCGCGUAUGCGGGCGGGCUGCAUAGCAUGGUGCGCAAUCUGGCGCUGGAUCUGGCGCCCGUGCGGGUUAAUGGCGUGAGUCCUGGGGCGGUGGAUACGGAGCUUUGGCGGCUGGGGGAGAGCGAGAAGAGGGAGUUUUUUGAGGAGGUGGGGGCGAAGAUGACGACGGGGUGCGUGGGACGGGUGGAGGAUGUGGUGGAGACGUUUUUGGGGGUGUUAAGGGAUGGGAAUAUGAGUGGGAGUGUGGUGAGGACGGAUGGGGGGCGGUUUUUGAUGUAAGGUAGGGAAGGGAAGGGAGGGGGGGGAAGAGGGAGAGAAGUGGUGUGGAGAGGUGGGCGAGGUGGUGUGUAGAGUGUGAGGUGUGAGAGGUAUGAGGUGUGUGGAAAGGUGAGUGAGGUGGUGGAUGGAUGGUUUGUUAGAGAUACACGGACAAGAAAGUUCAAUUCGAGAGUCAUAGGUUACACAGCUUGCA